ACGGCUUUCGCUUUCCGGUAGUCUGAGAAGUCACAAGUUUUGGCAGAAGAAGACUGAAAGAAUAUAACUUUUUCGUCUUUGUUAGGCUGUUAUAAUGUCUUCUGAAAAAUUCGAAGACCUUGAGGAUGAACUUAAAAAUCUCCAUGAAGACAUACGUUCGAAAAUAAGCAACAAAAUUCCAAGACUGACCGGAGGUAACCAGCCAUUUGUCUAAAUUUUCUCAUUUUGUCCAUCAAUAAGAGUUUAAUUUAGCGUCGCUAUUGAGCUAAAUUGAAGUUUCUCCUCUUAGAAUCGCGGAAGAGCGCUAUUCGGGAAGUCGAAAAGAACAUUGAAGAUGCAAACUUAAUUGUGAGUAAUUUAUAUGAUUAAUUUUGGAAAAUGACUUAAGGUUUAUGUUAUGGCUGCUAGUGAAUUUUCCGUGUGUCAGUUACACCAAGUGCAAUAUUGUUUUCAUACCCAUCCUUCGGAAAAAAAUUUCGGUUUUUUUUUUUACCAUUGUGUUUCUUCCUGUCUAGCAAUUUCUACUGGAUUUAUUUCAAUGAUGAGAUACACUACCUGUUGGAGAGGGGGGUAGGGUUAGGAACUAAUAUCUGUGCUAGUGGAGGCAAUGUCAGAAUUGAAAAGUAAGAGAUCUCGUGGACAUUUUGAGAUGUUUAAUUUAACAUUUAUCCAAAAUUUGGUGAGUUAAACUGAGAAUUCCACUGCAAACAGAGGAAAUAUGCAGAGACAAGUAUAGAGAUGGUGGAUAGUGAUGUUAGGUUGUAAAGGGUUAACACUUUACAUCCUAACAUCAGUAUGAAUAUUCUCCAUACUGUUUUCUAUACAUUUCCUAGGGUGUUUACAAGGAGAAUUUGUUUAUCAAUCAAGAGAAUAUUUAGUUGGUGUUCAUUUCAUUUUUUUUCUCAUGACCUUACCAUGUGAUGCAGGGGUUAUACACUUGGGAGAAAUUAUAUGCUAGUCACUCUAAGGGGUUAAAGGGUUUAUUACACCCAUUUUGAAAUCACUGGUGGUCCCUGUUAUCUGACUGGCUCUAAUUGGUGCGAUUUAUUCACGAAUCGCACCAUUUUUUGCUUUAAAUUGCAUCAUUUUCCCAGCCAAUGAGGAUGCUACACUGAAAACAAAACAACCAAUCAGAUUUCAAGGCUUGUUUAAAGUAACCAAUGUAAUUGCAGGAAAAUGAAAGACAAAGAGUAUCAUCUGGCAAAUUUUGCAACCUUUGUUUCCAAAACUCUUGUUUUUUUCCCCCCAAAAAAUGGAUGAAUUUAAUUUCAAACUAGCUCAGUACUGCAUCAAUAAAAUAUUUGAACUGACCAAGUCCUGUACUAGGGCAAUUUCAAAAUGGAAGUAAUAAAGUGGUAAUUGAACCUUGUGCCAUGCAAUUUUGGUCUGAAAUCGUACUUGUGAUUUCAAAUCGAACUUGCACUGUGUGCUCAUUCGAUUUUGAAAUCACAUGUAUGAUUUCAGCCCAAAUUGCACUCCACUCAGUUCAAUUACCAUUAUUAAUGUGCAGGACAUUCUAAACUUUCCCCUGCUACCAAAAGACAGACAACUACCUAAGUUAGCUUCUUAAAAAUGGUAAAUGCCCUGAAAUCCCUGCUAUAUAAUAAUGUUAUAUAUGAUUAUUUAUGGUUGAAAUAUAUUGUAUAUUGAUUUCAAGCCAAUCAUAUUUUUUUCAGUUGGAAGAAAUGGAAGAGGAAGCUGGAGUAGCCCCAGCCAGUUACAGAAAUUCCAUGAUGUCCAGGAUACGCAGCUAUAGGAGAGAUUUUGAUAAACUUAGAAGAGAUUUGGUAAGAAUAGUUGUUCCCUGGAUAAGUGUUUUAGCUAAUUUUCCCUUGAAAUGCAAGAAAGCAUUUUUUAUAUUCAUGACUUAAGAGACAUGUGGUUUGUUGGUUAAUAAGGUGACUGACUCUGUGUAAAUCCUGGCCACUGUGUUGCGUUCAUUUUAACAAGACAAAAUUUUUCAAGAAAUGUAAUGGAAUGUAUUUUUUUUUAUAUUAUUAUAAUUUAUAAUAUAAUUUGUUAUUAUAUUGGCAGGGCAAACCCAAAGGACAGGGCAAUGUGACUUUUGCAAGAGAGGAACUAUUAGAUGAGGAUCCAAUGGUAUGUUAAGGCUGUAUUGUCUCUAUCCUGUAAUUUUGGUAUUGUCUAUUCGGAUCAAAUGUGCUGAUUAGUGUUUUACCAUGCUAAAACUUGCUUUAUUCUGUGGGUUUGAAUAAGGCUCCUCAGAAAAGCAAAGUGAGACAAGGAACAGAUAUGCUGAACAGAGCCUCAGAAAGUAUUGCAAGAUCAACAAGGGUUGCUGUGGAGACUGGUAAGUUGAGUAACACUCAAAAUUAGACCAAAUAAUAAAUAUAUUAGGUGUUUUACCCUUGGUCCUACAGUUAUCUGUGAAUACAAACAGUUUCCAUGGUGUCGAUUGGAUGACAGAUAUUGAAGAAUAUUUAGCAACUAUGCAGCAUUCUCCAUCUAACUCUUUAACUCACAGAAGUGAUUAAUAUGCACCUUCUCCCUUUGAUAAAUAUACAUUAUCCAGCAAACAGGUAAUGAGAAUAAUGAAGCUUAUCAGAUAAAAGUUGUUGUCUUGAUCUAACAACAAAUUAUUGCAACUAAUUUUCAAGGAAAUUUGGAGUAGCUAAGGGAUAAUUGACAGUCAGAUCUUUUUGUUUUUCUUUGGUGGGGGGUAUUAUCCUGUUUGUAUAUUAUUCUCUUGUUGUUCCAUUUCAUAAUGAUUUUGGAUAUGAAUUUUUGCACCAUUUUGAGUAAUAUUGAUUUGAGUUUUUAGUUUUUUUUUCUUGCUGCAAGGGUAAUUAUUUAAUUUUUGAUAAUUAUUUUAUUGUUAUUGUUGUUAUUAUUAUUAUUAUUAUUAUUAUUAUUUCAAUUAUCAUUAUAUGGAGAUCUGUUUGUUGACAGGUCAUCAGAGUUUGCAUUAGACUCCAUAACCACUCAUUAUAACUAAAUUAGAAACUGUUCUCUGCAAACAGUCUUGGUUUUGUAAAUGACCUAAUUUUGUUUCUUUGAUAUAGGGGUGUGAGAUUACCAAAAGGAAACGUGGCCUAAUUCUUAUUUUAAUACUUGUUGCAGAACAAAUUGGCGGUGAAAUUAUUGAUGAACUUGGAGAUCAGCGGGAAUCUCUUGUUAGGACAAGAGACAGGGUAGGGAUAACAGUUGAAGCACUGUGAUCUGCCUAUUCACAAUAUCACAGCAUGGAAAUUUUGCUCUCUAUUGUGGCAUCUUACUCCUCAUUAAUUUGGUCAAAUUAAUUUGGUUUAACAUGGGUUUCAAUAAAAGCCAGUUUGGGAGGUCUACCACCACUUGUAAGAUCGCUCACUGUCUUCUGGUAAGCCUGUAAGCAGACCCUUGUGUUUGGGUAUUGCCUUGCAACCCCUUUCCAAGCACAGCUACCAAUUACACCAGUUCGCAGCCAUCUAUGAAAAAAAUUAGGGAAACUCCCAGUAUGAGGUGGCAUAAUUCUUGUGCUAAAGUUUAAAAAGAAGGAAAAACCUAGAGGAUGUUGAAUCAUGAAAGAAAGAAAUUCAAAUCAGGGACUUGUAAGGUGAAGAAACAAGGCAGAGUAAUACACUGAAAUACAAAAUGCUGUGUACUUAAUAAUGGUUAAAGGACCAAGUGGAGCCAAUUCGAUCUCUAAUCAUACAAGUGAUUAACAAAAUUGGAGGACUGUGAAGCGGGAGUCCAAUUUGUUAAUCAUGAGUAUGAUUACAGACAGAAUUGGAUGAAAAUAAGUCCUGUUACUAAUUAAUCAUAACCAUUUCAAUUUCCAAAAAAAAAAUACACCUAGAAAAAAUAUCUCCAGUGGAGACAAUGUCUUAAGUGAAAAACUCCUCCAUUUUGGGAGUUCCCCAGUUUUUCUUUGGAUAAGUGAUUGUUGCUAUGGUUAUUUUGAUCAUUUCUGUGAUUGGUGGAUUAGCUGAGUGGACUUAGUAUGAUUGGCUGCUUCGACUGUCCAAUUACAGCCAACUGUCUGAUUACACUGUCUAAUUACAACUGUACAGAGUGAUUAGUGAAAAAUGAAGCUGCAAAUGCACUGAUAAUAUUUGAGGAAUUUAUAAUGGUUAUGAUUAACAUAUAACUUAUCACACUAGCAUUAAUGUUUGUGUUGUGCUCUUGUGCAAGACACUUUGUUCUCACAGUGCCUCUUUCCAACCAGGAGUAUAAAUGAGUACCAGUGUAUUUUCAGGGAAGCCUGAUGAAAUGCAGGGGGUUAAUCUUGUGAUGGGCUGUUAUAUUAUCCAGGGGAGGUACAUGCGUAGUAAUACUUCUAGUCACUUCAUGCUACAGAAACAGGGAUAACCUUCGGUUGGAUGGGCCACAUCUCUCUCUCACAACUCUUUAAUAAACAUCUGGAGACAAUCUUUCAGCAAGGGAACAUAAACAUACCAAUUAGGGAUCAAAACUGUUGUUUGCACAAGCUAACUGCAUGACUGACUUGUAGUUUCUAUUUUAAUUUGUCAGCUCAAGGAUGUUGAUCAGGACUUAGGAAAAAGCAGAAGAAUUUUGAAUAGUAUGGCAAUCAGGUAAGGAGAUUUUUGGGUAUGAUUGAUUAGCACUCACAUGAUCUGUGAUAGAGAUGGUAGGUACCUUGAAAUUAAAGGGGCAGGAAUUCCUAAGAAGGUUUUAAAUUUGAAAAAUAGGGUAGGAUUUUUGAAAACAUAAACAACAAAAUGACAACUUUUCAGUGGUAUUUUAAACAGUAAAGGGCGAAGAUAAUAUGUAAGGAGAAUGCAUACAGAGCACAUUAAAGAGACCUUUGCAAAAUUGUAUCACAUGACCUAAACUUGUCAAUCAGUUGUAUUAACCCUUAAGCUCUCAUGAGUGAUCAACAUGGAAUUUCUCCUGACAAUACCAAUUGAUUUAAUGUCAAACAGGUAAGUGAUGACAAUAAAGAAAAUAUCAAUAAGGGGACUAUUAGUUGAUCAAAUACCAAAUUCUCAAAACUCACAUUAUAAGAGUUGUAUAGCAGACAGAAAGGAGAAUUAUUAAUGAGAUCUUGGGGCUAAAAGAGUCAAGUAAAUGCUGUAAAUGUGGAGAGGGUGAUGGAAUCAAACCAAUGUUAAGCCCUUUUGCAUUUACAUGUAAAUAUGAGGUUCAAGGGCAGUUUUGAGGUUUAAAAAUGUUUAAUAUGUAAAAGUUUAUGUGUUAAAGUUGUCCUCGCAAGUGUUAUCAAGUGCCUAAAAACUGUAAAUCUUUCUGAUUUCCUCUACACUCUUUCCACUGCUGAAAUCAAUUUAUAGAUAUAAACUUUCAUUGUAACAGUCAACUUUUGCUCCAAGCCUCAUACUCCCUUACUUCAAAGCAUGUUAUCAUUAAAAUGUGAAAACAUUUCAGAUGGUUUUUUUUCUUUUCUAGAAUUGCUACAAACAAGUUGAUCCUGUUAUGUAUCAUUAUUGUUGAAUUGGCCAUCCUUGGAGCUGUGGUGUACAUAAGAUUUUUUAAGAAAAAGAAAAAUUAACAUUUCAUUAAUAUUUACACACUGUGCCUCACAUUCAUUUUACAAACUAAUGGUCAAUUAUUUUUCCAGUCCUAACAAUGUAUAUAUCAAAUCCAUAUCUUGGUAAAUCAAAACUUGCAUCAAUCAAUCAAAAUGAGUGUGAUGUACAAAUUACAUAAGGAAUCCUGCAUCAGCCAAGUUAAUGAAACAGAACAAUUGAGUUGAUUUUUUAAUUGUAAUUAUGAUAAAAAAGGUUCCUUUCAGUUGGAGAGGAGGCUAUUGCUCGAGUUAAAAUUUUUGUGUAGUGAACAAUCAUUCAAGCAUUGCUGAUCUGUUACAUCAUAAACACAACAAACGAGCUGUGUUAGAAGAUCCUCUCUGUAUCUUUUGAGUAGUCUCUGGCAAAAUGACAAAUAACCUUCCUGGUGAAGGAAACCUUGAACAAUUUGGUUUUUUAGGGUAAAAAUACACACUAGAAAAGAAGGAAAGAACAUGAAAAUGAAUUAGGAAAAGGCAGGUUAAGGAUGGAACAGAUUGACAUGAUCUUAGAAUGAUCCAAUGUAAAGAAAUGCUUUAAGUUUAACAUAUCUCUCCUAAAUCACUAUCAUGAGUUUCUAUGUAAUUUUGAAUAGUAUGUAAUUCAAACAAAGCCAUGCUAGGAAAUCUUCUGGAGAUAGACACAAAUUCAUGACUUAUUAGACGCACUUGGCAAUGGGUAGAAAUAAAUUUUAAUAGGAAUGUCCUUUUUUGGAUGUUAAUAAAGAGAUUAACUAAAAACAAUUCACAUUUCUUUACCUACAACUCUGAAAUUCUGGGAGGCCAUGAUUGAAAUGGAGAUCUCCAAAGUAAUGAAUAUAUUGAAACAAAUGGUUAUAGGAAGUCAGCAACAGUUAAUGCAAAUAGCAGUAGAAGUGGAGAG